UAAAUAAAAAUAAUGCAAAAAUAUUUAGGUGCCAUCUACUAUUAAUUCAGAUAUCUGAUGGGACGUGCUUUUAAAGAGACUGGGUUGUGUAAGUGAGCAUAUAUUUAAACUGUUUAGAUUUUGAUUAAUAUGGAUCUCGUUUAUCAAAUGAUAUAGCUUGGUUGGAACCAUUAUCAAGACAUAGAAAAAUUAUGCCAUUAUUUGGAUUCUAUAAACCUACAAUAAGUGAAUCAGCCACUAUUCAAGAUAAUGCAAGUUUAAUUGGUCAAGUAAAUCUUGGAGAUAAUGUUCAUAUUGGAUAUGGAGCAAUUCUUAGAGCAGAUGAUCAAGCUAUAAGAAUAGGUUCAAAUAGUAUAAUUGGAGACAAUACAGCCAUUCAAUGUUCUAGAACUAGAUUACCUAUUAAUGUUUUAGCAAGUGUAACUAUUGGUAUCACAAUCUUCAUUUAUUUAUUUAGGUUAAAAUGUUACCAUAGGAGAUAGUUGUAUUAUCAAUAAUUCAAUUAUUGAUGAUAAUGUUACUAUUGGAUCUAGAACACUUAUAUUAGAUGGUGCUCAAAUUGAAAGGGGUUCAUAAAUUGCUGAUGAUAGUGUUAUACCACCAGGUAGAUUGAUUCCUUCAGGAUAAUUAUGGGCAGGAAAUCCAGUAUAAUUUGUUAGAAAUUUGAAUGAAAAGUAGAUCAAUUGAAAUCAUCAUAUAAUAAAAAUAUAA